CUUCAUGAGGCUCAAGAAGCCGAGAUUGCCCCGGUCUCAAUCGAGAACAACAUCUUUGUGGAAACUUUGCUAGAUGGCAUUGCUCGUCUUGGUGGCGUUCGUGACAUCAUCUUUUCCUCCUUCAUCUGUAUUCUGCUGGAAAUCAAACAGCAAUCAUAUCCCGUGCUCUACAUCACUAACGCAGGUAAACGUAAAUUUUCUGACGAGGAGAAACGGGCCGGUAAUCUACAAGCUGCUGUGCAAUUUUCACAACCAUGGGGUUUGGCAGGCAUCGUGGUGGCAGCAGAUCCCGUGAUGUUGUGGCCCCGCGUUAUCGACUUCGUGAAAAGCCAAGGACUCAUCUGUGGAAGCUACAACGGCUGUAACAACGACCCC